AUUGGCUAGCACUGCCUGAGACUACUCCAGCCUCCCUGAUGUCACAAUUCAGAGGCUGCUGCCUGCCUAGGAGGUUGUAGAAAGCUCUGUAGGUUCUCUCUGUGUGUCCUACAGGGCUCUUCCGGCCAGGUCCCUGUCUGAUGGCUUUUAUGAAAAAAUAUCUCCUCCCCGCUCUGGGGCUCCUCUUGGCCUACAACUACUAUUCUGCAAAUGAGAAAUUCACACCAGAGAUGCUCCAAGGAAAGAAAGUGAUUGUCACAGGGGCCAGCAAAGGGAUCGGAGAAGAGAUGGCUUAUCAUCUGGCCAGGAUGGGAGCGCAUGUUGUUUUGACAGCGAGGUCAAAAGAAAAUCUACAAAAGGUGGUGUCUCACUGCCUGGAGCUUGGAGCGGCCUCAGCACACUACAUCGCGGGUACCAUGGAAGACAUGACCUUCGCAGAGCAAUUUGUUGCCAAAGCAGGAAAGCUCCUGGGGGGACUAGACAUGCUCAUUCUCAACCACAUCACCAACACUUCUUUGAAUUUUUUUCACAAUGACAUUCACCACGUGCGCAAAAGCAUGGAGGUCAACUUCCUCAGCUAUGUGGUCCUGAGCGCAGCUGCCUUGCCCAUGCUGAAGCAGAGCAAUGGAAGCAUUGUCGUCGUCUCCUCGCUCGCUGGGAAAAUGGCCCAUCCACUGAUUGCUCCCUAUUCUGCAAGCAAGUUUGCUCUGGAUGGGUUCUUCUCCUCCAUCAGGAAGGAAUAUUCAGUGGCCAAGGUCAAUGUGUCAAUCACGCUCUGUGUUCUCGGCCUCAUAAACACAGAUACAGCCAUGAAGGCAGUUUCUGGGGUAAUGACUAAGCAAGCAGCUCCGAAGGAGGAAUGUGCCCUGGAGAUCAUCAAAGGGGCAGCUCUGCGCCAAGAGGAAAUAUAUUAUGACAGCUCACUCUGGACCUCUUUCCUGCUAGGAAAUCCAGGGAGGAGAGUAAUGGAAUUUCUCUCCUUAACUUACUUUAAUACGGACAGAUUCAUCAACACCUCGGAAUUCCCUUAGGGCUAGGCGUGCUGAGGGAUCUUGGGACUGUUCUGCCCGAUAUGUAUCUGGGCUCUGUCCAUGAAGGCAUCUUCCCAGGGGGAUAAGUAGAGUGUACCCAGAGAAACACAAGUCAUGGGUCUCAUCUGAAAAUUGGAAGGAGUUCCUCUAACACUUGCACAGUGGAAAUGUAAUUAUAAUGAAUGUCAUGAACCACUACAGCCUGCAGUUGUAAAAUAGAGAGCUACCAUAGGUAUAAUUACAAGGUAGUUAUAUCAAGUUUAUCUCUUAUAUAAUAAUAAUAUAUGAUGCCUAAUACAAUAUUAAUUAUAAUAAAGGUCACAUAAAUUCAAAAACUGGUAGCUGUAACUUGAGUUCAUUCAGUAUGGUUCCUUUAAAACCAUAAAGUACACAAAUGAAAUUUUUCAAUGUUCAUUGCUU